AUGGGACAAACCGUCGCUACGCCCCUGAGCCUCACUCUUGACCACUGGUCGGACGUAAAAAGCCGUGGCAACAAUGAAGGAGUCAUCAUCAAAAAGAAUAAAUGGACCACCCUCUGCGAGGCCGAAUGGGCUCUCAAGCCUUCCGUCCUCCCCCCCGACCCCGACUCUCCCCUCAUUGACCUCCUAACAGCUGAGCCGCCGCCUUAUCGCGCGGCACCAGCCGCGCCAGCCGCGGGACCGGAAACAGGGACGCCGGCCAUUGGAGGGGCAGCAGCCCCUGAGAGGAUGGCAACUAGCAGGAACACAGGGGGGACCCCGGCUCCCUCACCCAUCGCCGGUCGCCUUCGGGUCCGCCGGGAUGACACCCCCCUGGAAUCCAAGGCCUUUCCCCUCAGAGAAGGGCCUGGCCGCCACCUCCAGUACUGGCCAUUCUCGGCCUCUGAUCUCUAUAACUGGAAACAAUUUAACCCCCCGUUUUCCAAAGAUCCCGUGGCGUUAACCAACUUGAUUGAGUCUAUCCUAGUGACCCAUCGGCCAACCUGGGAUGACUGCCAACAGCUUUUGCAGACCCUCCUGACUGUGGAGGAGAAGCAGCGGGUGUUCCUGGAAGCACGGAAGCUGGUCCCUGGCGAAGAUGGGAGACCUACCCAGCUCCCCAAUCUCAUUGACAUAGCUUUUCCCCUCACGUGCCCGAAUUGGGAUUAUACCACCGAUGAAGGUAGGGGACACCUACAUCUCUAUCGCCAGUUGCUCUUAGCGGGUCUCCGUGCCGCUGCCAGGCGGCCCACUAAUUUGGCCCAGGUAAGAAGCACCAUCCAGGGAAAGGAGGAGACUCCAGCCGCAUUCUUAGAAAGGCUAAAAGAGGCUUAUAGAAUGUACACCCCCUAUGAUCCAGAGGACCCAGGGCAGGCACCAGGAGUUAUCCUGUCAUUUAUCUACCAGUCGAGCCCAGAUAUCAGGACUAAGUUACAGAGGUUAGAAGGACUGUCGACAUUGAAUCUUUCGGAUCUGUUGAGGGAGGCAGAGAAAGUAUUUAACAAGAGGGAGACUCCGGAGGAAAGGGAGGAAAGGAUAUGGCAGAAACAGGAUGAGAGGGACAAGAGACGACACAAGGAGAUCAAGACACUGGCCGCCAUAGUGUUGCAGGGCCAAGGCAGAGAGGGAGUUAGGAUGGGAGAACGAAGGCAACCCCCCUUGGAGAAGGACCAAUGUGCAUACUGCAAGGGAAAAGGACAUUGGGCUCGGGAGUGCCCACAGAGACCACAGGGACCCCGACGACCCAGACCCAAGGGGGGCCCAGGCCAGGAGCCCCCCCCUGAGCCUCGGAUAACCCUCAAGAUCGGGGGGCAACCCGUAACCUUCCUAGUUGAUACGGGGGCCCAACAUUCGGUCCUAACCCACACUGGAGGCCCCCUCAGUGACCGUUCCACUUUGGUCCAGGGGGCCACUGGUAGUAGGAGAUACCGGUGGACGACUGAAAGAAAAGUCCAGUUGGCGUCGGGGCAAGUAACCCAUUCCUUCCUACAUAUACCCGACUGCCCUCACCCGUUGCUGGGCCGGGACCUACUGACCAAAUUAAAAGCACAAAUUUACUUUGAUGAAAGAGGACCCACGGUCACGGGGCCUGGGGGAACCCCUUUGCAAGUCCUCGCCCUAAAUCUGGAAGAAGAAUACCGCCUUUUUGAGCCUGAGCCCCCGGAAGAACCACUGGGUGAGAUGCAGGACUGGCUAGAC